AUGCGGGGCAUCCACGUGCGCAAAGUAGCGGACCGAGGAUUGGGGCUAUUUGCGGCCCGGAAUUUCGACGAGGGGGAGACGCUUUUUCGAGUACCUCGCAACCUGUUCAUCGAGGUGGAUGCAAGACACUUCAGCGAGGCCUCAAACGUGAUGGUCCUGUCCAGGGCUGCAAGUGCCCAAGACGCCGGCGCAGCAUCGGACGGUCCGGCAAGGAAGUCCGUGCUGGAUAUGGCGAGGCUUCUCCUGGCAGAGCGACGAGCUGGCACCGCCUCAGAGCGAGGGCCCCACGUGGCGGUUCUGCCGGACCCGCCGCCACUGUGGCCUCUGCGCUUGCGCUGGCCAGCAAAGCUGAGUGCUGCUUCGGAGCUGCUGCAGCGUUUGCACACCACGACAGUGGAACGUGACGAGGCUUGCAUGGCUGAGCUGCAAUCAUCAGAUCCAGUUUGGAAAUCGCGCUGCUGGGCUCUGUGCGCCGCAUGGACGCGAUCGGUGUACCUGGUUCAUGGAGAUCAAGAGCGACUCUCCCUGGUACCUCUCCUGGACUUGAUCAGCCACUGGACCCCCUCGGAGGCGACGCCCGAGGCCUGGUCCUGCUUCUACGAGCUGCGAUCGGAUGCAGUGGACGUGAUUGCCGAAAGGUCCAUCGCCCGCGGCGAGGAGCUCACUUUACUUUUCGGCCGCUUCUCGGAUGCCGAGCUCCUCUGCAGCUAUGGCAUUCCUGCGGGCGCGCCGGCCAGGAAUGCCUUCGAUGAAGCUGGGGUCGCCAUUGGCCCCUAUGUUCUCAUGUCGCCUCCGGAUCCAGAGCAGCCAAGGCCUCCAGAUCCAUCACUUGUGUCCGCGCGGGCGGCAUGUCUUACACGACAUGGCUGGUCCAGCUUGGAUAGCUCCCUGCUUUUCACAUUGCCGCAAGACUUGCGCCCUUCGGGUGGUAUGUUGGCAUUGUCGCGACUUCUCGCACUGAAGUCUGCUGAAGAGAUCACGGAGAUGGAAGACGUGAUCUUCUGGAUGGACACCCCAGGCGCGGAGGCGCCGAAGCGGCUUGGCCGAGGGCUUGCCGAGCAAAGCUGGCGACGAGUUGAGGGGUGGCUGCAGGAGGCGCUCUCCAAAGCCACCAUGAGAGCCUCGGACUACACAGACGAGAUGUCGGAUUGGCCUGACCAGGACCAGCGGCGGCUAGCAGAAGCUGUUUGCUCUGUGCUUGUCGGUGAAGCUGCUGUGGUCGCCACUGCGCUGGAGGCUGUGGCUUUGCCUGCAGGGAGGUUCGGUAAUUAUGUGAGAGCUGUCACCAAGGGUUUCGUGUUACUGGGCGGGAUUUCAGGGAACUCGCGGUUCGGUUCGGUUCGGUUCGGCUAG